GAACAGAAUGAAUACAUACGUAUAUAUUUCGCUAUAUCGCUAUAUAUGUGUAUAAAUGUAACAUAUAUUCCCUAAGAUAUGACACACUAAUUGCUCUGAUACGAAACUAUUAAACAUUUUACAAUUUCAGGAGAAGCCAUAUGUGAUGGUUAAAGAUGAAAAUGCCGAGGGGAAUAGUCGGUACGAAGGAUUUUGCGUAGAUUUGCUGCAUGAGAUAGCACAAAUUGUUGGAUUUGAGUAUAUAAUUGAGUUGGUACCCGAUGGCAAAUAUGGCGCCCCAAAUGACAAUCUGGAGUGGGAUGGAAUGAUACGACAAUUGAUUGACAGGAAAGCCGAUUUAGCAGUGGCAGGUCUUAGCAUCAGUUACAUAAGGGAGCAAGUUAUCGAUUUUACCAAACCUUUUCUCAACCUCGGAAUUAGUAUCCUAUUUAAAGUUCCAAAACGUGAAAAACCAGGGUUAUUUUCUUUUCUGAAUCCACUAGCCAUAGAGAUAUGGUUGUACGUAAUCGCUGCCUACCUUGUCGUCAGCUUUACAAUAUUCAUUUUAGCCAGAUUUAGCCCCUACGAAUGGUACAAUCCACAUCCUUGUAACCAAGAUGCAGAUACUGUUAUGAAUUCAUUUACAUUAUCAAACAGUUUCUGGUUUACUGUGGGAACAUUGAUGCAACAGGGUUCAGAUAUCAACCCAAGAGCUGUGUCCACCCGUAUUGUAGGCGGAAUUUGGUGGUUUUUCACACUGAUUAUCAUUUCGUCAUACACAGCCAACCUUGCGGCGUUUCUUACAGUGGAACGUAUGGUAUCCCCUAUCGAAAGUGCCGAGGAUUUGGCCAAGCAGACUGAGAUAUCCUAUGGGACACUCGUUGGCGGAUCAACUAUGACUUUCUUUCAGGAAUCCAAGAUAGAGACUUAUCAAAGAAUGUGGGCCUUCAUGGAGAGUAGAGAACCAACAGUUUUUACAAAAACAUACGAUGAAGGUAUUCAGUACGUCUUAGAAGGAAAUUACGCAUAUUUAAUGGAGUCAACAAUGAUUGACUAUAUAACGCAACGUAACUGUGAAUUAAUGCAAGUCGGUGGACUUUUGGACACGAAAGGAUAUGGAAUCGGUACACCAAUGAAUUCGCCGUAUCGAGACAAACUAUCGCUAGCAAUUUUAGAAUUGCAAGAAGGAGGCAAAAUCCACGAACUUUAUAACAAGUGGUGGAAAGCAACGGGUACAUGUAACCGCGAUGAAAACAAAAAGGAAUCAAAAGCGAAUGCUUUAGGUGUGGAAAAUGUGGGCGGCAUAUUUGUAGUUCUCCUUGCUGGUUUGGCGCUUGCAGUUGUUGUGGCACUGAUAGAGUUCACCUGGAGUUCAAAACGAAAUGCUUCAGAAGACAGAGUCAGUAAGGAUGAAAGGCAAAGUCAACGUCGGCGGAAUUUGAACCCAGAACUUAAAGAAUCGGAAAUAACAAUAAUAUGAAAAACAAUAAAGUAGAAUCCAAUUAUCUAAAGGUGGAUGCUGGUAAUUUAAUAA